CGAGGGCCUUGCCUUCGCGUUUCUUGACCAGAUCUAUCGGCUGCAUCUCACCCGUGCUGCCCCUUGCCCUCUCUCUCGAUCUUGGCACCGAUUUCAAUUCAACUCGCACCGCCAGCAAUGUCGACGGAGCCCUGCCAGUGCGCCGGAAAGGAACAGGCCGCUUUCACUCCGCGCCCCAUCGUGAUGUGCGGCCCCUCGGGCACGGGCAAGUCAACGCUGCUCAAACGACUCUUUGCCGAGUAUCCAGACAAGUUCGGCUUCAGCGUCUCUCAUACGACCCGCAAGCCCCGACCCGGUGAGGUUAACGGCAAAGACUAUCACUUUGUCGAGCGCGAAGUCAUGCUCCAGGAGAUUAGCGUCGGCAAGUUCAUCGAGAGCGCCGAGUUCUCUGGCAACAUCUACGGCACCUCGUACCGCGCAAUCGAGGACGUGCUGGCGUCCGGCAAGAACGUCAUCCUGGACAUCGAUAUGCAGGGUGUGCUGAUCCUGCAGCGCCAGCUUGCCUCGGGCGAACAAAAGCUCAGCGGCAAGCCGCUGUUUGUGUUCAUUGCCCCGCCCAACGUCCAAGAGCUGGAGAAGCGACUGAAGGGCCGCGGAACCGAGAACGAAGAGAGCCUGGCCAAGCGCCUCGAUGCGGCCAAGCGGGAGCUCGAAUGGGGCCUCAAGCCUGGCUCUGUCGAUGCCGUGAUCGUCAACGACGACGUCGAGAAGGCGUAUGUCGAGCUCAAGACCGUGAUCUUGUCGUGAGGAGCAUCUGUGAGUGGCGGCAUCAGAGCCGGAUGCCAUCCAGUACCGAUGUCUUUCGGGCCGUGCAGAGCCCGAAACAGACGGCGCCCGAUGUAGACGGCGACGGCAAAGUGAAUAAAUACCAUCGCCUGCGACCAC